GGAACUGCAGGUGACUCGCUCUCAGUUCAUCGUGGAAUGGCGUUCUCCACCAAAGAUCGUGACAACGACCUUAGUUCCAGCAGCUGUGCCAUACGCUCCAAGGGAGCUUGGUGGUAUCAAUCCUGUCUUGGUUCAAAUUUAAACGGCCUCUAUCAUCACGGGAAACACUCUACGUCAUGGGAGGGUGUCAACUGGAAUAAGUGGAAAGGCGGCACCUACUCCGCUAAACGAGCUGAAAUGAAAAUCAAACCAGUAAACGCAUAGAACUAACUUACUUUUGAGCUCCUCCGCUUAAAUUGAUCAAGAGAUGGCUCUUGAUUUGAUUUAAUCGAUAUAAUACAUGGACGCACAUGAUUAGUAGCUCAGCGAAGGGGUAAAUUUUGAUCACAUUACUUAGUAAGUAUUGUUAUUCAUUCAAAAUGUUUCCCCGAUUCUGACUGGCUUAAAGCGCACGUUUAAUUCACCAUAACCAGUUAUUGAUGACCAAAUAUUUGCGGAGCUGAAGAAUCCUAAACGUGCACUAUCGAAGAUGAACUUAACAUCGAUGGAUCGAUGGAGGUAAGCAUGUGUUAGCCAUGUUUUUAAACUAGAAAUUACAGGCGUAUUUUGAAUGAAUAAUAAAACAAUUAUUGAACUGGGCUUUCGUAUCAUAUGAAGAAUUAUGGUGAUCUCGGAGGGUGUUAUCCGCCUCGGCCUACGGCCUCGACGGAUAACACCCUCCUCGAACUCCAUAAUUCUUCAUAAGAUACUCAGCCUCAUUCAUUAAUUGUUAAAUUAGUAGACGAUAAAACGUGAAUAAAUUGUAGGUAGGACUAUCUAUCUAUUUAUGCCACAUAAAACAUAGAUUUCGGCAAGACUAAAAGCGGAGCUCCUACUCAAUGCUAACAUACUAACCAUUUUAAGACACUGCAAUGGAAAUAAAUACCUCUGAUUAAAAAAAAUGUAAGGGAAAUGAAAGGAGCCCAUAACACGGGUGAGCAACUACCGUACUAGACUCAUAUAUUUUACAGUCUGUUUUUAGCAUUUAUUUUAUAUUACUUUUUUCCCACGAAACUGGAAUCUCCCUCUGAACGCCAAAACUAUACCAUUUUUGGUCUGCACCUUUUUCUUAUCAGUUUGUGGACAUUUCCACAAAGUUUAGCGGUCGCCCCAAUCUUCCAACUAUCAGAUAUCACUGUAUUCGAAGGACAGCAUCGCAUUCAGCAUGUAUGACUGGUUAAGUGUGAUAUUUCAGGUUAGCGUACAUGAUACAAUGCCUACACUUGAGAAGAAAACUGAACUUUUAAUGGUCAAAAUUUAUUAAACUAACAAUUACCACGCCCUCUUUAGGCUCUAAAUGAGCAUGUCCUUGAAUUACUCGACCGUUGACCAUAUGAAACGCCAACUUGAAAAGGCCGUUUCCGAGUUCCACAACCCUCAUUCUGAAAACGAGGCUAGGUGCAAAACAUUUCUUGUGAUAAUGAUUUCAUCUGUGUGAGAAAAAAAAUCACUUUCCGUCCGAAUAGCCUCGCACUUAGCCUCGCUUUGAAACGGAGGCUUUGAGCAACUCGAAAAUGGCCUAUUCUAGUUGUUGGAGAAAGGAUGUUCUAUUAUAAACUAAGUGAUUCCUGUUUCACUGAAAUAGUUCUGCAUGUACUGUAAUACUGCUAUCCUUAAAUUGGCCUCCGCUGGUUUUCCGCAGAUGCUGUAUUUUGUUUUCUUAUGAAAAGAGACGGGGCACAGUAAGAGAUAUCUAAUUUCGCGCAUGCACAUUAAGUAGCUAUAGAUUGCUUAUUACUCAGUUUCUUUCAAUUAAGGGUAGGGUAAGAACAGCCCUUCAGAUAGGAGAUAGUCUGUUAGCAAAAUAAGAUUAAAUUUGACCACGAGCAUACAAUGCAGCACGUUAUAUGACCAAGAUUGUCUCCAAACUUGCAAAUGAAAAACUAUAGAAGGCUCUGGGCCUUUUUUGAUGAAGUUAGGGGAAAUUGGCGUAGGAUUUCGAAGUUAUUUCAUUUUAAAUUGUAAAAUUAAGGUUUUAAUGCGACAUCCUAAGCGAUUGUUGUAGAAGGCCUAAAUGUAAUAACAUUUUGACUUGAACGUAAUAAAAUCCUAAAUGUAAUAACUUUUUACCCUAAAUGUAAUAAACUCUUAAGAGUGAUAAUAUUAGGCCCUAAAUGUUUUAGUUUCAUCACUGACGUAAGUAACACGUCAUUAAAGGCGGCGCUGUGUCAUAUGGCUGUCUGCUUCAUUAUGAUAAUGUUGUUAAUUAUCGUACUUACUCAAAUAAGCACCGCCCCCGAUUAAGCGCCUCCCUCAAAAAGGGCCGCAUUUGGGAGAAAAACGUUUAUAAGCGCCGCCCCCGAAUAAGCUCCGCGGCCUUAAUAUAAUCUUAAAGAAGCUUACGUUAAUACUGAAAGCAAUAAUACAGGGGCACUCAAGGAAAAUAUAGUUCAAAACCACUUAAAUAUAGCAUUGUUAAACGUAUUUCGGUAUUUAAAUAGUAGAUAUAGGCAUAUUUUUUAUCCCCUAAAAAUUUUUCAUCUGUUCGGCUUUCCUAGCUGAAAGUCUAGUGAUCUGAAAAUUAUAGGGAUCAAAACUUACCUUUUCGAACAUUUCAGCCAGAAAAAAGGCUCCCGAAAAUUCUAGGUGACCUUUAUAGGGUAAAAAUCUGUUAAAAAUGGGCAGUUAUACCAUUUUUUAGAUGUUCGAAUUUCCUAGGACAGACAGGCAAGCAAGAAAUUUUACAACAUGUUCCGAAAAUUCUAGACCUCAAAUCGUCUUCCGAACAGCUUUUCUCCGAAAAUUGACAUUGGGUGCCCCUGUUAAUAUAGCCUCAAAGGCAGACGUUUUUAGGGGAGCUCGUUUUUCAUCCCUCCCCUGUCAGUAGGCUACUGAUAAUACAGUCGAACCCCGCUUUACGCAUAUCCGCUUAAUACUGACACUUCGUUAUAGGGGACAGUUUUCUUUAUUCCUGGGAAAAUCUCAUUUACUUAUUUUCUCUAAAUUCAACCCGCUUAAUAAGGAUACCCGUUAAUGCGGACAACGGACACUUGUUUCUUCCCCAAUCAACAGAUUUCCAUAAUGAGAAAGUCAACCUCGCUAAUGCGGACACUUCUAAUUAUGCACUACUGUAUGUACUGUAUUAGACCUUUCCUUUGUGGAGGCAAAAAAACCUUCAGUUGACAGCUUGUCGAUGUUCUCAGCGCUGCAGUAUACCAAAUAAGAUGAUUUGUAGAUGUCAAUUUCAGACCGUAUUCUGGCAUCAAACGACUAUGCAGACAACGCGCGGUCUUGAUUAAGUUACGUGAUAUAUAGAUGAAAAAUUAGUUUAGACAAUAAAAAUUCUGGCUUUAAACAGACUGAGAGCAGUGUUCUCCUGUUACUCUAGUCAAAUAUUAGUUAAUCGCCCGGGUUCCUAGUCAGGUUGAACAAGGAAAGGUGGCGGGGGAGGCAACCUCCUUUUCUUCAUCAUUAUGCCCACCCCACUGAUCGCAACUCUGGAAAUGAAUCACGGCACCUCUCACUUAGGAUUUGACUUCUAGCUAUUUCUUGAUCUUAUUGGUGGGAUGGAGAGAAGUGGGGUGCGAAUAAAGGUGGAAAACGCCCAUUCCUACCUAACAUCAUGUAGCAUAUUCUAAAUUUACCAUACAACCAACCUAGUACGUUGUUUCGCACGUAACGCAAAAGUACUAAGAUUAAAACGGGUCAGUUGAUGUGUACAAUCAUUUUCGUUUUCACUCAGCAGCUUUAGACUGUGCCAGGCUCUCAGUCACGAUCAAUCUGCACACUAACUGGAACAGGCAUGAACUCAGUCAGAAUAUGUGCUCAGCCACACCACACUAAAAGUCCUUUUCUUUCCUAACUUAUUUCUCGUAACAUUAUACUGCAAUGGUAUGGCAUGCAUUUAUUCAUUAUUAACGAUGCCGUAUCAAGGAAACAAGACUCAAUGGGAAAUAAAGCGCGGUCAAUAAUGUCCCAAUAAAAUAACAAACAGGACGAGAAAUGUGAUAUUUGCCAAGUGUGGUUAAACAAUAAAAAGCGUUUAAGAAGUUAAAACAUUCAUUGUCAACUCCACUACUUAAUCUAACUUAAUCUAUAACCUUUAUCAGUAUUUUGCAGGUCUUUCUUCCAGUCUAGUAGUUUCCAUCAGUAGCUUAUGGGGUAGAUUUAAUGAUAACGCUCCUCUCUGCUUCUCCCGCCCUUAAGAGGAUUCAGCUGGAACCAUUGAUCUGUUCAGUCACAAGCGAAGUAGGCCUUUUGCAACACGGCUAGGGUCACAGGGUACAACUGAUAGUUACGCUGACCAGAAAACAAUGUAGUGAACCAAGGAGAGGAUUGCAUACAUCGUGUAAAAAACUAUUUUUUUGUUCAAGGACUGACCACCACACAGUUUGCUUACCAGAGUGGCUAAGUUUGUAGCAUGUGACGGUUUGUUGAUGACAGUUUGUUUAUGACAUGUACACUAAAUGAAUACAUUUUUACAUUUUCAGUCUCUAUUAAAAUAGUGACUGAAAACUUAAUAAAAUUCCAUGUCAUAACAAAACUUGUCAAGCCUUCAGCCAUUUUAUACUAAAAUAAGUCGCCAGAUAAAUGACCACAGUGAUCAGAACCAGGAUGCUCCGGAUUUUCUUUCUCGGGCAAGUUCCAGUUCAUUAGGAUCAUUGUUGAAAACAUCUUUAAAUGAGAAAGAAAGAAGGAAGUGAAUUCUCUGUCAGUAGUUGUUGAAAAAUGACGACAUCUUGAAAACAAACUUCGAUAAACUUUGAAAAACUUCGAUAUUGAUGUAGGGGUGUAAUUCAGUCUUAUCUAAUUAAAAACGAUCGAGACUCUUAACUUCUGGGUUUUCUUUUCAUCUUUUGCGCACAUUAUUUCUGAAUUCCAACCUAAAAAUAGGUAUCAAUUAGGAACACUAUACAUAUUUUGUGAUCUGAUUCUUUAUCAUAGCGUGCAACUUGCCGGAAACUGCUGAAACUGAGAGUGCACUGUGCAGUAAUUAGUGAUAAAGUGAUAAAUUCAUCAUCAUUUAAGAACUGAUCAUGGUGUACCACCGUUUACCUUCGACUCUUCUGUCUGUGAUAGCUUUAUUGAGCGUUACCAAGUCGAAUGGAACACCAAGCAAAUCGGCAGUGCGCAGGCCAGAUGCGGAUUCUAAAUGUCACUCCUAUAGCACGAAUUAUAAUUACUACUACAACAACACUUUAAAUACAGGGUAGAACAAGAAAAUGGAAGCACUGCUUCAUCGAGUUCUAGAUGAGUUAAGAGAGGUAAGAGAGUAAAUCAAGCUCAUUAAAGGAGACAAAACGAUCGGUAAGUACAAAAUAUAUUAUUUGAAUUACUUGGUGCUUAUUUAUAUCUGCUAAACUUAAAACAAGAAAAACAACUCAUCUUUAAGUCUCCCAGUUUCAUUUGCGUGUUACAAUAGACCCUCAUAAUACCUUAGCGUUUAAGUAUAUCCCUCCAAAAAAGUGACUUUAAGAUGAAAAACUGUGCUGUAUAGUAUAAAAAAGACUUGUAAUCAUAGCUGCGAAUCGAUACGAAUGCCGAGCAAAACUGAAGAAGUCACGUCUUGUCUCAAAACUAAGUAAUAAGAUACUAGUAAUAGUUGACACUAUAGCUGUCCCCGCUCUGUAUAUUGUCGGUCAAUAGCAUUCUUGCUCGUUGUGUAGCUCUUUGAAAUAUACCGAUUCAUAAGGAAGAUUUUCACACAUAUUCUAUACAAUAGGUGAGAUAAAUACAGGAAACGCAAGGUUCCAUGCUCAGUUUCAGGUCGAUUUACACAGCUUUGAUCAAAACAUUCUCAGUUUCGAGAAACCAUAACAAAAGAUUUAAUUAGAAUUUGAAUUUCUCGCUAUUUCUCUUUCACUUUUUACAUCCAGUACAUUUCAUUUGCCGGAAAGGUAGCCUUAGACAUUAAAAGGACGUUUGAUCAAUUCACACUCGCGCAUUCUAGUCUUAUUUUAAAAUUUUAUAGCGGAAGCACCUCUGUGAGCAGGGAAUAAGUCAGCACAGAAUUUGAUUGUCGGCGAAUUUCUGUAAUCGUCCAUCGUUCUGCUAGUGAGAAGCUAGCCGUUGUUCACUCGUCUUGCUUGUUUGGGGCUGAGUCUUAUUCCGGUCAAAGAGAGAGAAUUAGUGUCUGGCAAGGUUUCCAAUGAAAGAUUUGUGAACUCGUGUCUGGCAAACUCUCCAAGUGUUUAUACAUACACAGUUAUAAGCACCUUAUAACUUCUCCUGCGCUUAACGAGUGUUGUUAAAAUUUUGGUCUAUAACUUUCACUGAAACAACUGCUCCACAGAAUGUCACUGAUAACACGUAACGCAAAAGAGUGUCGAAGUAUGACUGCACAAUAAAUGUCACAAAAUCUACCUUAGCGGUCCCUUGGGGAUGUUCUGUCUUUACGUCAUCCUAACCAUUUCGUACUUGCGGGCGCAAACAAUAGAAACGUCAUCAUUACCCACCGAUUCCUCGCGGCCCCUGUUCAAGCAAAUCGAGAUUUUUUCUAUAUUGACUGUAUGACUGUAUAUUUCAGCUGUAAGUACUUUCCUUAAUAUACGCGCGAGUUACUAGAGUGCCUCCUCGGGAUUUCGCCUUCUGGGCGAAAUCCCUGCGGGGGCAACAAUCUUGUCCUUCGUGUCAGUUAUAUUAGCGGGAGAUCUUAAUAUUGCAAUGGUUCGGGGGUGACAAAACACCUCCCGUUCGCGAAGCUCAGUCCUUAUUCCGCACUUAAAGAGAACGAGGGGAACGACGCAAAAGCCUGUAUAAGUUCUCAUGGCUAAUAAAAACAUAAAGCUUUGAUAGCCUGUCUUCUGAAAACGAUUUCAACAACAACAACAACAACAACAACAAGUUUAUUCAGUAUUACCAUUUUGUACAGGUGUUACCGAUUAAAAUAACAAUAAUAAACAGCUAAGUUUAAGGAAAUACAGGUAUGAUGGAAUAGUAGAAUUAACUAUGUUUCUUUCGUCUUUCAAAUGCUUGAAAGAUGAAAUUAGCAACUAACCUGCUGAUAUGUGAAUCAGUAUUGUUAAAAAGAAAACAGACUUUAUCAUGGAUAUUGUAGUGUGUAAAUAAUGUAUUUCGGUCGUUGAUUUUAAUAAAAAAAGAGUCUUUCUCAAAUCAUUGUAUUGAUCACAGUGAAAUAAUAUGUGCAGUUCAUUUUCAACCGAAUUUUGGCUGCAAUGAUCACAAAUUCUAAGGUCUUCAGGAGUUUUGGGGAUUGUAAAUCUUCCAGUUUCUAUUUUUAAAUUAUGAUUUUCUAUCCUAAAUUUGGAAGCUACACGCCUAUGUUCAGGAUUCCGGAUAUGAUUGAUGAAUUCAGAGUGAUUUGUUUCAUUUUUAAAGAUGGAGUAGAAUUUUAGUUUUUUAUUUGUUCUUAUCAAAUUUAGCUGGUGGUUUUUCAGAUGUUUUGACAAAGUAUUCUCAACUUUGGAUAGGAAAGUAGAAGGGUUUUUAAAGUUAACUGACUGUUUGUGAAUAUUAAGUUGUGUACUCAAAAGAUUUAUUUUAUUUAUUAGACCUGAUUUAUUUUCUUCGGCCAUUUUAUCCGAUAUGUUUAAGCAGAGUUUAGCGAUGCUGUCAGGGGGUUGAUUUUCAAGGUGAAUCCAAAAUUUGAAAAUGUUCAUUGUUAUUUGUAAAUUUAGAGAUAAUCUACCAAGCUCAUUUCUCGAUGCAACAUUCGAUGAACGUUUGUUUAAACCUAAACACAUCUUACAAAAAUGUAUAUGCGUUUUCUCAAUCAAGUCUUUAUCCCAGCGGCUAUAAUCACUUUUAUCAUAGAUUCCCCAAACUUCAGAGCAAUACGUUAAAAUUGGGAAAAAUAGUGUAUUGAACAGUUUGUUGAUGAUGUGAAUUGGUAAUUUUAGAAAAUCUAGAUAACGACGAGCGGCAAAAAAGGAUCUCUUUGUUUUUUCUGUUAAGUUUUCCUUGUGAUUUGUAAAAUUUCCAUUGGCUGAAAAUUUCACUCCAAGAUAGGUAUAGUUAUUGACGAUUUCAAUGUUUUCAUUGCUAACCAUAAAAUUGUGUUUAUCUAUUGCUGAUUUUCUACUUUUCUUUUGAAAUACAAUAACUUUGGUUUUAGUUGGAUUAAUCUUAAGAAGCCAAUCCUGACAAUAUUUUGAUAGUCUGUCAAGACUUUGUUGCAAACCUUCUGCCGAGGUAGAUAUUAGAAGUAAGUCAUCGGCAUAAAGUAGACAGUUGAAGUGAGAACCAUCUGGUAGUAAGAUAGAAUCUUUAGCAUUGUUAUUUAGAAUGAGGGUAGUUCGUUUAGAUAAAGGUUAAAUAGAAGCGGCGACAGAAUACAGCCUUGUCGUACAUCUUUAUCAUAGUUGAAAAAUUCUGAUCGAGUAUAAUUGUCUUUCACACAACAUAUUGAAUUUGAAUACAUGCUGGAAAUUAUUUUGUAAAAGGAGCCACCUAUGUUAUAUUUCAACAGUUUGUAUAGUAAACCUUGGUGCCAAAUUGAGUCAAAUGCCUUUUUAAAAUCAACAAAACAAGUAUAAAGUUUACCUCUGGGGAGUGGGUAACAUGUUGGUCUAUUAAUGUUCUUAAACUAAAGAUAUGUUCGGACGCACGAUGUCCGGGCACAAAAGCCAAUUUGGGAGCGAUGAAGUAUUUUAUGAUUGUUUGAAAAGUUUAAUAAUCUCGUAUUUAAAAUAGAACAAAAGACUUUGCCAAGACAACUAUUAAUGCAAAUACCUCUGUAAUUUGAAGGGUCAUCUUUGUUUCCAGAUUUAUGCAAGGCAGUGAUUAUUCCAUUACUCCAUGAUGUAGGAAGUGUUCCAGAUUGUAGAAUCAGAUUAAAAAGUUUCUCAAGUGGAUAUUUUAUAAAGCUUGAGCUUGUUUUAAUCAUUUCAUUGCGUAUUCCAUCAAGUCCAGCGGCCUUCUUGUUUUUUAGUUUUUUAAUUGCUUUAUCAAUCUCUUCAAUGGAUAUUGGGUUGUCUAAUUCCGAUUGUAAAUGGUUGCUGUCCUCCAAACGCUUUUUAUCGUUUAACAUGUGUAUUUGAAAUGCCGAUAAUGUAUUAGGAUCAGGUGCUGAGUGUAGCAUUUUAAAAUGAUCAUAAAGUUUAUUGGUCGGGUUUUCGUUAUUAUUAUAAGACAAGAUGUUUUCGUUCAUUGACUUUAGAGUAUCCCAAAAUUUGCGGUUAUUUUCGUUACUAAUCAGCUCAUUUAUUUUAGAGUCAACAAAUUGUUGUUUUUUUUGUUUUAUAAGUUUUUUAAAGGUUUUAUUUUGAACAUGAUAUUCUUUUCUGAGUUCGGUAUCCAGAGGAUUGCGGUGUUUUUUGUUAGAUAACUUUUUAAGUGAAGAUCUUAACGUUUUGCAAUCAUAAUCAAACCACUUCUUAGUAAUUGGCUUUCUUUUAGAUUUCUUUUGGCUACUUAAUUUGAGUGAACGUUUUGCGGCCUCAGUCAUAAUUUCAAUUAACGACUUCAUCCUUGGCAGUUUACAAGAACUGUGCUGGACUCUACAAAGCUGGUAAACGGAACAGCGGUGUCUGUACAAUCAACCCCGACAACACAGGUGCCUUCGAUGUGUAUUGUGACCAAACGACAGCCGGUGGGGGGUGGACAGUGUUCCAGAAGAGACUGGACGGCUCGGUUGAUUUCUACCGCGGCUGGGAAGACUACAAACGAGGCUUUGGAAAUCUGAAUGGUGAGUUUUGGCUCGGACUCGACAAGAUUAAUCGCCUGACAAAACAACGUAGCAGGCUUCAUGUGGAUCUUGAAGACACGACUGAAAAAACAGCUUACGCUGACUACGACUUUUUUGGUGUUGCAAGUGAGAGAAGCAAAUACAAGCUGAGUCUUGAAACAUAUUCGGGUAAGUUGUUUUAAGGUGGCUCUUACAAAAAACAUAGCACCGUAAUGAAAACAUAAAUUAGAAAAAGAAAUCACAACUACCGUUAAUUCAAUCAACACCUCUUGAGAACACGGAUAGGCAAGUAAUUCAUGGCAGUGAAUUACUUGCCACAUGAUCAUGAUAGGAAAAAACUGGCCUAGCCCCAGGCCUCAUUAUGCCGCGCGGCCAAAGUGUUACGGGUCACGUGGUUCAAGGCAAGGAGAAAAACGUCUAAGUCUGAAUACGAUUUUUUGUUGUUGCAAGUGAGAGAAGUAAAUACAGCGAUUAUUCUUAUUAAGUAGGUUUGUUAAAGGAGUUCCAUUUUUCAAAGGAAUGUAUACGAACGAGGUUCCUUUUCUGUCAUAAGAAUUAUUUAAAAGGGUAAGGGGUUGGACCUCGGGGCCGAGCCUCCCCGUAGAAAACAUCAAGGAGUUUAAGCAAAGGCGCUUUUCUGCGACACAUGUCAACCGAAAUUGAGGCCUUGUCCUUGUUUGUAUGCCUUGACGAAUUGCCUGGACGUUACCAACUUUGUAUUGCAAAUGUGUAAGUGCCACUCUUCUUACAGGGACGACUUGCCGGAACAUUUGGGCAAAACCACUGAACAAGAACUCAAAAAAGUCCACUUUGGGUUGACGUGUGCUAAUUAAAAACGUUUUUGCUUGAGCUGAUCGUAAUGCUGAUCCCUACUGUUGGGUAGCCCUGGAGCCCGACCGCAGGGGCAUGUGGUUUUAACAAAGACAUAUCAUCGUUUUUGUUUCAAUUCGCGUGCGUGACUUUCCGCGGAGAGACUUCAACGGAAAUGGACAUAAAAAAACUAUCAAUGUUUUUGUCAAAAACGAAACGGCAGCAAUUUUCCGUGUUCUGUAUUCUUAUGGCCCAUAGAAAUGACGUCGACGACAAAAUGUACAAAACUUUAUUUCCAUUGGAGUUUUGAACAUUCUGGUGUCCUUUCUGUGGUUGGAUAUAAGAGUACAAACCUACAGACCAUGGGCAAUUCUUGUCGAUAUGUUAAUCAUGAAAAUACUUUCUCGAACUACCAUAGUUUGAAAUAAGCAUUUCGUAUAAUUUCUGGUUUUGUGUCGUUCUUAUUGUUAAUUGCCCUUGGCAAAUAACCCCUUGUAAACGUUACUUUCAGGAACUGAUGCAUAUUAAGCAGCAUACGAAACGUGACGUUUAUCAAAAAAUGCAUUUAACCAGAGCUUGUUUUAUAUACUGCUGUUUGUGGUGAGGUUGUGGGGUAGCUGUUUACGAAUAGUCCUACCUAGAAAUGAAAUAAUUGAAGUGUCUCUGCUUGUAAUACUUCAUCAAUGGAAUAUUUUUUCUUUAGGUACUGCCGGUGACUCGCUUUCAUAUCAUCGUGGCAUGGCUUUUACCACCAAAGAUCGUGACAACGACCCUGACUCCAGAAAUUGUGCCACAAUGUACAAGGGAGCCUGGUGGUUUAAAAGCUGCCUCUAUUCAGACUUGAAUGGUCUCUAUCUCCACGGGCAGCACUCUGAAGCAUUGGAAGGCGUCAACUGGUAUCAUUGGAAGAGCCACAGAUACUCCGCUAGACGAGCUGAGAUGAAAAUCAAACCAGUUGAUACCUAG